ACCCCCACCGUACGCCGCCUUCACAUGACCACCCCCGCCGCCGCUGCCGCCGCCGCCGCUACCGCCGCCUCCACCCGGGCGAACAGCCUCUCCCGUAUCUUCUCCUCCUCCUCGCCAGUCAUAAGCCCACCCAAGCGCAGUCCCAAGACCAAACGCGCGCCGACGCCGACGCCGACGCCGAAACCGCCCGCCGCCGAUGCCGGCUCCAUCGCGGACGAGAAGCCCCCGAAGCCCGUCGGCGCACAGCCCGCCGCCAAAGCUGAGUCCAACGCCAAGCACAAGCUCCCGAAGCCCCUUGGCAUCAUCCUCAAGGCCCUCAUCCGGCAGCGCGACCCUGAUAAGCUGGUCUCUGACUUCGUCCAAGCGUCAACCGUGUCGUCGCGCUUCCGCGACCGGCACCGCGUGUUCGAGGUGGCGGUGAGCCGGCUCAAUUCCCUCGGCCGCCAAGACGGCAUCGAGGCCAUCAUCGAAGCGCAGAUGCCCUUCCUCGAGACCUCAGCCGAGGGAUUCGCCGCGCGCCUCAUCCGCCUCUACGGCCGUGCCUCCAUGCCAUCCCACGCGGCCGCAACCUUCCAUAAGCUUCCAGCGCAGCAUAAAUCCACCAUGACCUUCAACUCCGUUCUUUCCGCGUACGCCGAUGCCGGAGAUUUUGACGGGCUCACUGCUGCAUUCCAGGAGAUCCCAGCCACCCACCCCUCGAUUGUUCCCACCGUAUACUCUUACAACGUACUCAUCCACGCAUUGUGCCAGAAGCCCGACAUCUCAGCUGCUCUCGACGCUGUCCAUCUCAUGGAGAAGCACGGUAUUCCACCUGACAUUAUUACCUUCAACACGCUAUUGAAUGGGUUUUGCAACAAUGGCCGCGUGCAUGAAGCAGAGACAGUAUGGGAGAUGAUCAAGGAGAGGAAUUUAGAGCCAGACGCCAAGUGCUACAAUGCCAAGCUGCGGGGUUUGGUUGCAGAAGGGAGGAUUGAUGAUGCAGCUGCUGUGCUUGAGAGGUUGGAGAAGGACGGACCAAAACCUGAUACAGUAUCCUACAAUGAGUUGAUUCGAGGAUAUUGCAAAGCCGGGAGGUUACAGGAGGCCAAGAAGCUGUAUGAUGAUUUGGUAAAAAAUGAGUGCACCCCAAAUAAGGGAACAUAUGAGACUCUCCUGCCACAGCUUCUGCAGGCUGGAGAGCUGGAUUGUGCAUUGACGUACUGUUAUAAAAUCUUUAGUGAUAAAAGGAACCUUAGAGUGGAGUGUGGUGUGCUGCAGGAUGUAGUGAAUGCUUUGGUAGAUGUAUCAAGGGUGGAGGAGGCUGCCAAGAUUGUUGUGCUCGGGCGGAAGAAGUACUACCCCCGAAAGGGUUUGAGGAUGCCUGAUAGGACAAAAGACAGUGAAUUAAGAGCUGAAACUGAUGAGGAAGAAGCAAUAUCAGAAGAAGAGGAGUGUGAAGUGGAGCAUGAGACUGAAAAAUAAAAUUCGUAGGUCAGGCUUUUACUGAUGCAUGCCAAAUUUCACCAUGGCCUGUUUUACUCAGUUCCUCUGUUAGCAUGAUAGAACAAAAAGUGCAAGUUAAAGUAGUGGUUAAACUAGUUUAAUAAGGUAUUAGUUAAGCUUGCCCUGUGCUGUGAUACUUAUUGAAAAUCUUUCUAUUCGUUUUAGAAGAGAUCCACAGAAGUCUUUAUUCUUAUCUGCAAUGACUUGCUUGUGCUGAUUUUCCUCGUUGCAUCAAUUUAUCUGUAUGGAUCUAAUAUUUGUGUUUGGAAACAUCCUCCAAAAGUUGUUUACUUUAUGGGUACUUGUACUUUCUGGA